GCGGGGAGACGCUGGACGUAGCGGGGCGGCGGCAGCUGUGAGCGGCGGCGGCAGCUAUCAUGGAGCAUAUCCGCACCACCAAGGUAGAGCAGGUGAAAUUAAUAGACCGUUUCAGCACCAGCAACAAAUCGUUAGUGGGAACUUUGUACCUUACAGCAACUCAUCUGUUAUUUAUAGACUCUAGCCAGAAGGAGACUUGGAUACUACAUCAUCAUAUCGCUGCAGUGGAGAAACUUGCCUUGACUACUUCAGGCUGCCCUCUUGUGAUCCAGUGCAAGAACUUCAGGGUAGUUCACUUUAUUGUUCCCAGAGAAAGGGAUUGUCAUGACAUUUACAACUCUUUGCUGCAACUGUCAAAACUAGCAAGCUACGAUGAACUGUAUGCCUUCUCUUACAAUCCAAAACAAAAUGAGUCUAAGCGGCUGCAAGGGUGGCAGCUCAUUGACCUCGCAGAAGAAUACAAGCGGAUGGGAGUGCCAAACUCUAACUGGCAGUUGUCCGAUGCUAAUCGUGAUUAUGAGAUUUGUGACUCCUAUCCCAGAGAACUUUAUGUUCCUAGAACUGCAAGCAAGCCCGUAAUUGUUGGUAGCUCCAAAUUUAGAAGCAAAGGAAGAUUCCCAGUGUUAUCAUAUUAUCACAGAGAUAAAGAGGCUGCCAUUUGCAGAUGCAGUCAACCUCUCUCGGGUUUCAGUGCCAGGUGUCUGGAGGAUGAAAAUAUGCUGCAUGCGAUCAGUAUAGCAAACCCUGCUCAUCACUAUAUGUAUGUCAUGGACACUCGACCUAAGCUUAAUGCAAUGGCAAACAGAGCAGCAGGUAAAGGCUAUGAAAAUGAAGACAACUAUGCUAAUAUUAGAUUCCAGUUCGUUGGAAUUGAAAACAUUCACGUAAUGAGAUCUAGCCUGCAGAAACUUUUAGAAGUCAGUGGUACAAAAGCUUUGUCUGUCAACAGUUUCUUGUCUGGUUUGGAGAACUCUGGCUGGCUGCGUCAUAUCAAAGCUGUAUUGGAUGCUGCUGUCUUCUUAGCCAAAGCAAUAGCAGUUGAAAAUGCAACUGUGCUAGUUCAUUGCUCCGAUGGCUGGGACAGGACUUCCCAAGUUUGUUCCCUUGGAUCUCUCUUGUUGGAUUCACAUUAUAGAACAAUCAAAGGCUUCAUGGUUUUGAUAGAGAAGGAUUGGAUCUCCUUUGGACACAAAUUUUCUGACAGAUGUGGCCAAUUGGAUGGUGACCCAAAGGAAAUCUCUCCAGUGUUCACUCAGUUUUUAGAAUGUGUGUGGCAUCUCACAGAGCAGUUUCCACAAGCCUUUGAGUACAAUGAAGCUUUUCUCCUUCAGAUCCAUGAACACGUCCAUUCAUGCCAAUUUGGAAACUUCCUUGGAAACUGCCAAAAAGAGCGAGAAGAACUAAAAUUAAAAGAGAAAACUUAUUCAUUGUGGCCAUUCCUUCUGGAUGAACAAAAGAAGUAUCUUAAUCCUCUAUACAAUCGAGAUUUUUCUCAGAAACUUGUCCUCUUGGAGCCUAACACAGCGUCCUUCAAUUUUAAGUUUUGGAGAAAUAUGUACCAUCAGUUUGACCGAACUAUGCACCCCAGGCAGUCUGUAUUUAAUCUCAUCAUGGCCAUGAGUGAACAAAAUAAACAACUGGAGAAAGACUUUAAAGAACUGGAAGCUAAAAUGAAACAAAGAAACAGGCAACCAGAAGAACUCCUCACUAAGGAACCAUUGCAGUCUGUCCAUCCUGCUUCACCAGCACUUAAAACUUCUCCGUGCUUUAAGAAGGAGCAGUCUCUGUUACCAAUGAAAGACUCCAUUCGGACUAUAGAGGGCAGCAACACAGCAGACAAUCGCUACAGUGAAUACAUGGAGGAGUUGUCAAAAGCUGAGCCUGCUGUUGUCAGCUUGGAGUAUGGAGUGGCAAGGAUGACCUGUUAGUGAAACAUUGAACAGUGCUUCUUUUUUCUAGACUGACUGAAAUAUAAGACAGAUUAUUGUGAGGAUGGGCUAUUGCUGCAUGACCAAAAUCUGAUUUGUAUAAUAGAGAGCUUUGUUACUGUAGAAUAGAACAGCAUGCUAAUUGUUAAUUAAAGUGUUUGUUGUUCUCUUAAGAAAUAAUUGAAUUUAGCUGUAUUUAAGGAAAAAAACAUUGGGGCAUUCAAUGAUCCUUAGUGACUUAACCAAUUAAGGAGUGGUCUGUUUGGAUUUAACAAGUCAUAGUUUGCUCUAGAGUGAGUAAAACAGUGACAUUACUUUAAGAUGUGUGCAUAGCAGCCAAACGCAAAUGAUCUUUCAGAAUUAAUUUUAGCUGGGCAGGAAAAACUUGACAAACAUUCUAUUUUAGAAACAAGUUAUGUGUAUAUAUAGCAUACGGUAUAAAUAUGUAUACUCCUAUUUAAUUUUGUCUCUCACUGCUAACUCUUGGUGUUUUAAGUGCCAUGAAAAAGUACACUAUAUUUCAAACUAUAAAUAGCUGGCCUUAAAUUUGUCAAAUCAAUUGCCUUCUUGUCCUAGACUAUUGCAGCCUGUAACAUGACUGUGUUUACAUUUGUAUUUGCUUGAAUUGUUCUUGCUCCUUAAAAUGGGAUCAGAUUUAGGAAAUGUAAAAAAAGCCUAAACAGUUAUGCUAUCAGCAAAUGAAGCUAUAAGAAUGUUAAAUCUUAAUGCUGAAAAUUAUUCUUAUAUUUCCUAUUCGUUUGUUGUUUAAAAUUAUAAUAGAUUGGCAAAAUUUUGUCAACCUAGAGGAUUAAUGGAUUGGCAGCAUAAUUGAAACUGAUUCAUGUGUACAGUUUUUAAAAUGUUGAAUUGUGGCAAGAUUUGUAACUUGGGCACCAGUGCAAAGGAUUAAAAAUUUGGAGAAGUUUUAUUAAACUAGCACAUUGCUAAUAACUGAACAAUGGUCAUAUUCUCUUCAGGCUGUUUAGCUAUUAGACCUGCAAUGGAGUUUGCAACUGCAUCAGAUUCUCCGGGUUACAGUGGCAGAAGGGAAAGUUCUAGGAGCAGCACUUAGUGAUUUGCAUAGUUUUCAAACAAAAUUGCUGAUUUUUAACAGAAUUCCAACAUAGAAUCAUAGCACUGGCAGGGACCUCGAGAGGUCAUCUAGUCCAUACUUAAGGCUGGACUAAGUAUUAUCAAGACCAUCCUCUCAGGAGAAAUCUGUAUUUCAUGAGAAAUCGAGGUAUUUUAGUAUUAAAUUAGUUUUUCAUUUCAAUAAGUUUCAGUUUUUAGUGAGGGUCCCCUUUAAAGAGACUAACUUUGCAAGAGGACACAAUCCCACUUACCUGAAUCUGCAGAUGGUCAGUUUUGGAUGAUUGUAGGGGGAGAGCCAAAAGACUGCUGUUGGCCCAGGAGUAGGGAGCACAGGAAAAAGUGCCAGGUUUACAAACCAGCUGGCUUUAAAAGGGUCAUGGCAUUUGAAGUACAGUCCCUUCGAAGCCACUUACUUUGGAAAGCCACUUAACUUCAUCUAGAGUAUACAAGCCUUGGGACAUAAUUGUACUUUAGUUAACAGGAAGGCUUGGUAAGAAGGAAUGUACUCUUUCUCACAGAGGUAAAAUAAAAUGUGUCCCUAGAUUGCCUUUCAUGUUAACUUUCACUGAAUUAAGAGGCUUUGCCUGGGUCUCUUGUUGUUUGCAACACUUUCUCAGUUGUUUCUGUUGCCCGGGUCAGGAGGGGAAUUAGGUUUGAAAACAGUAGUAGAAGAAAUGUGAGUGCCUGUUCUUAAGUAGAGGUAUAAACAUUACAAGGCAAGGUAUUAAACUCCCUAGGGGUCUAGGUGGCAUGGUAGGUUCAUGCCACUGGCUUUGUACUUCUGGGUUCAAAUCCCUUUUGGGUAUAAGUGAAAAUGAGUUUAGUCUCAUUCCAAUUCCUAAAGUCUCUCAUUAAAAUUGCCAGCACACCACACACAGCUUGCCACAAUUGGCAGUCUCUCUCUGCCCGAAAUGAGAUCCAGGACUGUAAUAACCAGGGCAAUGCAGGUCAUGAUCAAAUUGCAUUGGCAAAGGUGUCUGGGAAAAACGACAGUGUUUGCCUGCAUCUAGCCAGUGUAUAAAUCAGCUGCCCAUUUCACUCACCACAUUACAAAACUUGGUGUGUAAAUGAAUGUUUGUCAGAAUCUUUUUAUCACUCAAACACCUUCCUGAUGUCCAUCACUUUUCAGUAAAAGAGGGGAGGGAAACAUCCUUCUUUAUAAACAGUAAGACUGCAUAUUUUUUCAUUUUCAACCAUUGGUUGAGUUUGUUUGCUGCAAACCUGUAAGACGCCAAUGUGCAAAGGAAGGCUUUUGUGCCUUACCAGCCAGCCCCAUUUGCUAUGUCAUCUUGGACUUGUAGUUUCCCAUUACAGAUGAUCUCUGGUAUUAACCUUGUUUCUUAUUACAGUCACAAAACAAAGACUUAAAAAAUAACCAAGGUACGUGUAUCAUUUUGUACUGUUUGUCUUUACUUUCAGCUUUUAUGGUGGCGUUCCACAUAUGUUGCUUUUCAUUGUUAUUGCUUAGAGGUAACAGACUCUAAAGUUUGUAGUUUGCUAAACUCGUCUGUUUUGCAAAACAUUAUCGGAUGAUAUUUUUUACUCAGGAUAUGUACUGAUAUGGCUGUCCUGGAGCAAACCUGUUUCCUUUUGGUGGUGCUAAAAUCAGCCUAUUACUAAUUCUUCUUGGCCUCUUGUCUAAGGGGCACCUUUUGGAACAGAAGGAAUCAGUAGGUCCCACUGUAUUUUAGAUCUUGGGGUAGACCUCUUAAGUCAGCCUUGAAAUAUAAUUAAAAAUUACAUGCUCAAGCCCAAAAUCUGCUUGACUACUCUCUUGGUGAAGACUAAUGAACUUUUACUUUCCUGUCCAAAACAAAAAUUACUCUCGAUGAACAGAAUUUUAUUAGGCUGUUUUGAACAGAAGCUUCUUGCUCACCCCAGAUAGCCCUUUUGAAAACCUGCCAGUUCAGCCUCCAGAGUCACCAGUUGAAGAAGCCCAGGGAGGGAGGCAGCUGUCUCUUCCUUCUCUCACUAGGUAGAUUUAUGCCCAAAGCACAUGUGACCUGGGAUGAAGUAAGCUCCAGCAUAAACCUUGGCACUACUUCCGUGAGCUAGCCAGUUAGCCUGGUGGGGCCAUGCAGUGUCCUUCAGGAAGGUUAGAGGAGAAAUUAAGGGAACUGGUGGUAUGAAGAGCUGUGACAGAAGUUUUUCCAGGAGGAGCAGGGGAAAGGAUUUAAAUUCUACUAUCUUACUGUAUUCAAGAGGGUGGGCCUUUCUGUUGCUAGUAGAAAUGCUGCUCCAACAGGAAAUGCUCAUAAUACACUUCAGGAUAGAGAGCCCUGGAUUUCUCCUUUUUUGAUCUCUGGUCCUGUGGGUUGGUGCAUAGACCAAUUCAGCAUGCACACUUUAACUUUUGUCUCAGGUACUGUAAGGGUGAUCUGGCAGGUCCUGCUUCAUCUGUCAUGGAGCAACUGCAGCUGGAGUCUGUCAAGGUUGUGUUCCGAUUUGGGAAGUUGUUAAUAAGGAUUUUAGAUCUUCUAAGAAGUGGAGUGUGAUUUUUUUUUUUUUUUCUUUUUUGUGGGGGGUAUCAUACUUUGGCUGUGUAGAAUAAUGGUAGAUAAACAGAGUGUGACUGAACUGUAGUGUCCUUUUUCUGUUACUCAGAAAUUUGACUUUGAAAAUCUGUGAAGGAAAUGCUUUCUGUCAUGAGACACUGGGUUUAAUUUUAAAGUGGCCUUGGGUGGAAGGUGUAGUUGUACGAAAAGAGCUUUUUUAUGGGGGUGGAAGUUAAUUAUAGUGGCUCUGUCCUUUUUAUUACCAUUUUCAAUAUCCAGCUGUUCUGUUUUGUAGGACAACUGCCAAAUCAGCAUACUAAGAAAUUAAGCAACACUGAGCUGAGCUUGUGCAUUUUUCACACAUGUCCAAUUACUAGUGACCUAAAUCUAGGGGGGAAACGGCCUGAAGUCUAGCAUGUCCAUUUACAAAAUAAAAUACGCAAAAGCAGACCUUCCACCAAGCUGCCCAUCCCUAGAUUUUCCAUAGAACAGUCAUCCUAAUGUAAAUGACUCUUUCAGAUGAAAGACUAAAAUUAAAGCAGAAGAUAAGCUACUGCUUAAACUGCACAGAAUAAUACAUAGUAGAAAGUAAUUGUAAGAAAUGGCUAUUAUGUACCCUUUCUGUAGCAGUUUUCAAAGGCUUUUAUAUCACACUCACAGUGGUACACACAUCUGUAAAGCUCUGAGAUAACUCAUUACUCUGACACUGGUACAUUCUAACAGCUGCGCAUCCAUUGUGGACUUAACAAAAGACCCCACAGCUGUCUUAUCAAGAGGGAAUGAGGCCAAGACACCACCGCUUAUCCACUAUCCCCUUAUGAAAAGUGCCAUACAUAAUCUGAAGAGAUUCCAUGUAUUUGUGGGGUGGUGGUGUUGUGGAGUUUGUUUGUUUUUUUGGUAAGUGAAUGCUUGUGGAAAGUAUGGGGCUGGCUCUAAUGAAUGAUGAAGGCCUCACUCCGCAGAACAAGUAUAGCAUAGGUAGUAGAGCUACCCCUGGAAGAUAAACCCAUGGGGGUUCUAUUAAAUUAUUCAGAUUCUUAUUUUCAAAGUGGAUAGUUGCUCACUCUAAUGCUAACUUGUCUAAAGCUUGGUGACAGUCUGAGUGCUUAUUCAGGUUGUGCUCAGGGCUUUAAGGAUCUUCUAUGCAGUCUAUUCAGAUCUGCACAAAUGGAAGACCAUGGACCAAGUGUGGUCUCCUUUGUACUUCAUUCCAGCUUUCAGGGCUGGAUCCUGGCAUUUUGCAGAAUCCCACUGUGACUCAUAAUAUGACUAGGAAAGGAGGGAGGCGAGUGCUGCCCAAAGCAUAACUUACACAAAUAUCAAGCACUGCAGUAUCAUUCAAGGACAUUGGGCAUCCCAGUACCUGAGGGCCUGGCACAAGGCCUCAGAAGCACUGCAGUUAUGCACUCUAGCACUCUUAAUGCCUUGUCUAAAUGCACAGUUGCACUGAUCAAACUGUUUGGACACUUUAACAUGCUUAAGCCUGGCUUUAUCUUUGUAGUUUUCCCUGUUCAAAUACAAUCUACACAUAGAGUUGCACCAGUUUAGUUAAAUCGGUGUAACAUCACCACUUCAGGCAAAUCCAUGACACUUUUGUGUAGAGACCAGACCUAAGUAAAGAGGCUUGACCAGGGCAAUCAUUAUGCCCUCUAGCUAUAUAGUGAGGGAGCAGGAAAAUGUGAGCAAGGGAUGGCACUACUUAAAUAUCCACUACAACCUGUAGCCCAGGGAUGGAGGAGAAUGGGUUAAGACAAUACUUCCGAAGUCCAGAUUGGACCCCAGAGCGCGUCAGGCAUCCUUGAGGUUGAGUACUUUAUGUUCCAAGUCUAUAUGGAGCUGGUUUUUUUCACCUACUACCUUCAGGUAGGAAAUGACUUAAAUCUUUUGAUAUGUUCUGGUGGUGGCAGCAUUCAAAAUACAGUGUAGUGUUUUCUGAAAUCUUGCAGUCAGUUUCACUAUCCUGGUCAUUUCUGCAACCAUUAAAAACAAGGGGCUUACAAUUUUGAUACCUACUAUGAAAGUCUUUUCCAUUUUGACAAAGGGGAUACUUACACAGUAUAUUCUAAUCUCUAGCUAACUUUCCAGCCACGUGAAUAUAUUUACUCCCAUUUAUCUUCAUAUUGGUUUUUUUUGCACGUAAGCAGGCAAUGUUGGUAAAUGUUUUGUUUUUCAUGGUAAUAGCAUUUAUGUUCUUCAAGAGCAGCAACCCUAACUAGCUUGAUUGCUUUAUCUGUCUAUCGUCUGAUCCUUUUCAACAGCUUGCCUGUAACCUCUUUAACAAACAUGUUUCCCUCUAGGAAAACUUGACUUAGUGUCCCUUUUCCAGUUCUCGGGGAUCUUACUCUGAACUAGUGAACUUGAAAAACAUUUGCUUUGCCUUUUCUUUUCAGGGCUUGGUGUUUCAAGGAGCUAGUGCCUCUAGACUCUUUAAUAAAACACACUUUAAUGUCAGAUGCAGCUGAUUAAAGGAAAAAUAUUCAACAAAUACUGCAUGUGGUUGAGGAGGAGAAAACUAUCUUCAUAUGUAGGAUCCCAUGCAAGCAGACAGGCUACUUUAUUUAUUGCGCUAGGUAUCACAUCCUGUAAAAGUCACUUAUACCUCUGUCCUGGAAUCACGCUUUGAUGUAGACCAGUUGAGAAAAUUUAACAAGCAGAAUCUUGUAAUGAAUAUUUGAUUUGUAUGUACUUUAAAAAUAAUAAACAAGGUCUAAAAUAAAAUAAAAAACCAUGAUCUUGCAAA